AGUGAGUGGAUGAGCAGAUGAGAUCACCACUGCAUCUUCUUACACAACACAGAUACAUUUGAGAUGGACAGUCCUCUUGUUACCCACGUGCUGAACACUGCAGACGGGGUUCCUGCAGCACGCAUGGCCCUCAGUCUGCAUCGUCUAGACACUCAGAUGGUCCUCUGGAACCUUAUCACUACUGGGACCACAGAUGAGAAUGGCCACUGUCCAGAGCUGAUCGCCAGACAAGAUUUCACUGUAGGGAUGUACAAAUUACGAUUUGAGUCUGGACAGUAUUGGGAAAGUUUGGGCCAGACCAGCUUUUACCCGUAUGUAGAGAUUAUCUUCACAAUUACAGACCUGGACCAGAGGUUUCAUAUACCUCUACAUCUCAGCAGAUACACAUACAGUGUCUACAGGUGUAGCUGUAGGAAGUAGUAGGGACCUGAUUCAGCUAGGACAGUGGUUUCUGUUGAAUCCUGAAGUGCCAUUAUGUUUUCUAUUGGUAAUGAUUUGGUGAGUUGAGUCUAACUGCUAAAAUGUUUAGUGCUUCGGUUUUGAGACCCUGAUUUUGUGUCUCUUGUUGACCAAUCUGCAAGACUUUAUUAUUACUUUUCUACCUACAAUGGACUGUCAUAUUGGACAUAUGGUGGUAGAAUAUGGUACUAGACAUAUGAAAGUUCAAAUGAUUUGU